CGACAGUAUGAAAGCGCUACCGUAGUGUACACAAUGCAAUGGGUAUGCCACGAAUAUAAUUUUACAAGGGUAUUGAGAAAUAGAGUACUAAAAUGGCUUCUGGAGGAGUACCUGUUGACGCCGACAGGAAAGAAGCGUACUAUAUCCGGCUGCAUUUACUCAUUGUUAAGGAGGGUACAGCUAUUUUAAAGGCAAGAUUCGACAGUUUGGUACCUCCAAAUAAUCUACAUAUGAAGCUUCAAGAACGGAAAGUAUUAAACACAAUGAAUUAUGGAAAGAACAACAACCUCAUCAGCAGAUCACAGUACAAUCUACUCUAUCCGCCUGGCCGACCACCAAGUUCAGGAAACUUCGAUGUUUCUUUGCUUGUCUAUCUGCUAAGAUACAUAUGUGGCCUCAAGUCGAAGUCGAACUGGUGGAGCAUAACCGACAAUAGCAAAAUAGCAGACACAGUGCAUGACGAGGAAGCCGACAUUGUCCGAAUAAGGAAUUUGAGAAAUCAGAUAGAGCAUAAACAAGUUCCUUCACUUGAGCAGGAGGAGUUUGACACGAUGUGGGAUUUGGCUGAACAG